AUGAGAAGACGCUACGAAGAAGUGGGAGGGCAGUUCACGCCCUCUGAAGACGAGACAACACGACUGACGCGACAGGCGGACGUCACGUUUGGAGCAGCGACACCCGAACGGAGCAGCGAGGAGCGAACAGCUGGCACCGAGGCGAGGACGUCACAAUUGUUGCUGUUUAGGGACGUCACUGUUGGUGCCGUGGUAGACCAGAAUAGAACGUCACAGUUGGCGCUGCGACCAGGGGGCGACUCUGUUCAUAUCUAUCUAUCUAUAUCUAUCUAUGUAUCUAUCUAUCUAUCUAUCUAUCUAUCUGUUCAUAUCUAUAUAUCGCAGUCUGUUCAUAUACCUCUCUCUAUAUAUAUAUAUCUAUCUGUUCAUAUCCAUGUCAGUCUGUUCAUAUCUAUCUAUCUAUCUAUUUAUCUAUCUAUCUAUCUAUCUAUCUAUCUAUCUAUCUAUCUAUCUAUCACAUUCUUCUCAUCGUAG